CUUACCUCCAAUCGCCCAAAAGUCGGCGUCUCGUCUCUUCCCGUGAAUUACCCCGCUCUCUCUGCUCCUGGGUCUCGUCUCUUCUCUUCCUCUAUUUCUCUUGUAAAAACCUAAUCCCCUGCCGGGCUCUCGGGGUUCCGCUCUUCUCUCGUCUUCGAUUUUUUUUUUCCUGAAGAUUUUUGGAGGCGGAGCCCUUUUUCCUUCUCGUCUCUGGAUUCGAUAAAGUUUAGGAUUUUUUUCGUGGUUUGGUGAUUGGGGAUUGGAAGAAGAUGGAGGAGCCCGGACAGCUGAAGCGAGCACUGAUAGAUUGUUUGGCAGGAGCGAUCUCUGGCGGGAUCUCCCGGACGGUGACGUCGCCGCUGGAUGUGAUCAAGAUUAGGUUUCAGGUUCAAUUAGAGCCCACUUCCCAAUGGGCUUUACUUCAAAGGGAGUUGUAUAGACCUUCAAAAUAUACCGGAAUCUUGCAAGCAACUAAGGACAUUUUUCGAGAGGAAGGUUUGCCGGGUUUCUGGAGAGGAAAUGUUCCGGCUCUGCUUAUGUACAUGCCCUACACUGCUAUACAGUUUACAGUUUUGCACAAAUUAAAAACUUUUGCAGCAGGUUCAUCCAAAACAGAGGAUCACUUGCAGCUGAAUCCUUAUUUGUCUUAUGUAAGUGGGGCAUUAGCGGGAUGUGCAGCAACAGUAGGAUCAUAUCCUUUUGAUCUUCUGCGAACAAUUUUAGCAUCACAGGGUGAGCCGAAGGUGUAUUCCACCAUGAGAGCUGCAUUUUUUGACAUCAUUAAAAGUCGUGGUGUACAAGGACUAUAUGCUGGGUUGUCUCCAACACUAGUUGAAAUUAUUCCUUAUGCUGGCCUGCAGUUUGGCACAUAUGACACAUUCAAGCGAUGGAUGAUGGCAUGGAAUAAGUCUAGAUUUCCCCAUCUUAACUCAAUCAGGCCAGAUGAUUCUCCUUCAAGCUUCCAGCUAUUUCUUUGUGGGUUUGCUGCUGGAACAUGUGCUAAAGCUGUCUGUCACCCUCUUGAUGUGGUGAAGAAGAGGUUCCAGAUUGAAGGACUUCCGAGGCACCCAAAGUACGGAGCACGAGUAGAGAGCCGCACUUACAAGAACAUGUACCAUGCCCUUAAACAGAUCGUGCAGGCAGAGGGGUGGGCUGGUCUCUACAAAGGCAUCUUCCCUUCCCUAGUAAAAUCUGCGCCAGCUGGUGCUGUCACCUUCGUGGCAUACGAAUACACAUCAGACUGGUUAGAAUCUAUGUUGACAUGAAUUGGAUAUCGAUAUUUUUGGUUAAUUUUUUGGUUCUACAUCCCUUUUUAUUUAUUUUUAUUGUAACUUAGCUCAAUUUAAGAUAAAUCUUGCUGUACAAUUUAAGAUCAGCUAGUUUCAGGUGCACUGGCUGUGAUUUUGCCAGUCCUUGCAAUCAGGAUUCAGGGUCUGGCAAAUUUUCAGUGCUAACCAACUUAAUCAUGCUUAUAUUCUCAAUUUCCCUGACAAAGUCUAGGGAAUUGUAACAUGAGAGCACAACACGAAGAAAUUAUAGAUGUCACAUUUUUUGGAUCU